AUGGUUAAGAAGAUUGGGGAUUAUGGAAAAGGACUUGUGCCACCAUCUUACCAUGAAAUUAGGGUGAAAUUUUUUAAAAAAGAAGUGCAUGAGAUACUACAAUUGGUUGAUGAGUUUAAGGAACAAUGGAAUAAGAUCGGAUGUACAAUUAUGUCGGAUGGAUGGUCAGAUAGAAAGAGAAGAUCCAUAUGUAAUUUUCUUGUGAAUAGCUCUAAUGGAACUAUUUUCUUGUCAUCACUAGAUACAUCCGACAUUUCAAAAACAGGUGAAAACAUUUUUGAGAUGUUAGAUGAGGUUGUUGAGAAGGUUGGAGAAGAAAAUGUUGUGCAAGUUGUAACUGACAAUGUUUCUAAUUAUAAAUUGGCGGGACAAAUGUUAAUGGAUAAGAGAAAGGGCUUGUUUUGGACUCCUUGUGCCGCCGAUUGCAUAGAUUUGAUGUUAGAAGAUUUUAAGAAGGAAAUACAAGUUCAUCGUGUUACAAUUGGUAAAGGAAAAAAGAUUGUGGCAUACAUUUAUUCAAGAACCAAUCUUAUUCAUUGGAUGAAGGAGUUUACAAAAGACAUUGAACUUAUAAGGCCUGCGGUAACUCGGUUUGCUACCUCUUACUUGACAUUGAGACGUCUUCAUGAGCAAAAAGGUGCAUUGUUCUCUCUAUUUACAUCAAACAAGUGGAGGAAUAGUAGAUUUGCGAAGUCUGAAAAGGGGAAAAAAUUGAAACUAUUGUUUUGGACAAUCGAUAUUUUUGGAAGGGUGUUUCUACCUGCUUGA